AUGUCUCGACGACGCCCGAAUUUCUCGACGCGAACCCCCGAAGAAGAUGUCGCACGCCUUGACCCGAACGAGUCCGAGAAUGCUGCUCCUGCAGAACGGGCAGGGCUGUUACACUGGCCACCAACUCUGUGGUCUCGUCACCAGGGGGUGACCUCUACAGAGCCGACGGAGCACCAUCGCCAUUUGGUACCAGCGAACCCGUUCCACGGGAUAUCUGAGUGGUGGAACAAGAAGACUGGCCAUGGAGAAGGACAUGCGGACAGUGGAGAGGCAAGAAUGCCCCCAUCUGCUGGCCCCUUUCGAGACAAUAGUGCAGAUAGGAAGGACAAACUUGGGCAUCGGCCUCGUUCGUUUGAGGAAACGAAGAAGCUCGGCACUUUCUCGGGCGUGUUCGUACCAACGAGCUUGAACGUCCUAAGUAUUCUGAUGUUCCUUCGUUUUGGGUUUAUUCUAGGUCAAGCGGGAUUGCUGGGCAUACUAGGACUGCUUGCUCUUUCAUAUCUGAUCAACUUGGUAACUACCAUGUCUCUCUCCGCGAUUGCGACCAACGGUACUGUUCGAGGCGGCGGUGCAUAUUACCUCAUUUCUCGUUCCCUAGGACCAGAGUUUGGCGGCUCUAUCGGAGUUGUCUUCUACUUAGGACUCGUAUUCAACACCGGUAUGAACGCAGUCGGUCUGGUAGACUGUUUCACUCAAAACUUUGGAACCAUGUCUGGCACGAUGGGCCAUUUUCUCCAAGAGGGCUUUUGGUGGCAGUAUCUCUGGGGAACGGUGAUUCUCGUUCUCUGUACGGCCAUUUGUUUGGCGGGAAGCUCGAUUUUUGCCAGAGCUAGCAAUGGCCUUUUGGUCCUGCUUCUCAUUUCGACCUUUAGUAUUCCAUUGUCUGCCCUUCUGAUGAAGCCGUUCAGUUCCCCAGUGGAUAAUGUCGAGUUUACCGGCCUUAGCUGGCAUACAUUAAAGCAAAAUCUUGCUCCCCAUUUGACAAGAGGAGCCGCUGGAAGCCAAUUGAAAGGGCGAGAGACUUUUCAAGAUCUUUUUGGAAUUUUGUUCCCCGCCACGGGUGGUAUCUUUGCCGGCGCGAGUAUGUCGGGAGACUUGAAGAACCCCAGCAAAUCUAUCCCCAAGGGAACUCUCGCCGGCCUUGCCCUGACCUUCGUUUCAUACCUGCUUGUCAUCUUGGCCAUGGCUGCCUCUAUUACUCGACAGUCAUUCUAUAACAACGUGAACGUUAUUCAGAUAGUCAACUACUCCGAUACCGUUAUUCUUGUUGGAGAAUUUGCAACCUGUUUCUUCUCGGCGCUCAUGGGAGUGAUCGGCUCUGCCAAGCUCCUCCAGGCCAUCGCCCGAGAUAGCCUGCUUCCGGGCGUCAACAUCUUCGGUCAAGGCACGAAGAAAAAUGACGAGCCCAUUUACGCUAUUAUCGUCACUUAUAUCUUCGCACAGCUCACCAUGCUUUUCGACAUUAAUCAAAUUGCCUCUUUCGUGACCAUGACCUACUUGAUGACGUUCUUGGUCACAAAUUUGGCCUGUUUCCUGCUGAAGAUAGGAUCCGCCCCUAAUUUCCGGCCUUCUUUCCACUACUUCAACUGGCAGACUGCAGCUGCAGGUACACUUGUCAGCGGUAUCAGCAUGUUCUUCGUUGACGGGUUGUAUGCCGCGGGAUGCGUUGGAAUUCUCCUCAUGCUGUUCCUGCUUAUCCACUACUCUUCUCCGCCUAAAGCGUGGGGUGAUGUCAGUCAAAGCCUGAUCUACCAUCAAGUACGAAAGUACUUGCUCCGUCUGAAGCAGGAGCAUGUCAAGUUCUGGCGACCACAGAUCCUGCUCUUUGUUAGUGACCUUGAUCGCCAGUACAAAAUGGUCUCUUUCUGUAACUCGCUCAAGAAAGGCGCAUUGUUCGUCUUGGGCCAUGUUCUCGUAACGGAUGACUUUUCGACGGCAGUUCCAGAGGCCCGUCGACAGCAGACUGUCUGGACAAAGCUGGUUGAAUAUUCCAAGAUCAAAGCAUUUGUCAAUGUGGCCGUUUCUCCGGCUGCAGAAUGGGGUGUGCGAAAUAUCGUUCUCAAUUCUGGAUUGGGAGGCAUGCGACCAAAUAUCGUCGUGAUCGACCAGUACCGUGAGAAUCAAUCGCUGGUAGAGACCCUCUCUCUUGGCAACAAUCGCAGGGAAUCCUCAAAGUCGAGACGCCGUUCGUCUGUUUUUGGCUCUCAACAUGAAGAAGAUUCUCCAAACAAGGGAAUGACUUGCCAAAGCUAUGUCACCAUUCUCGAGGAUCUCUUGUUCAAUCUUCGGAUCAACGUCGCCGUCGCCAAAGGAUUUGAAGAUCUCGAGCUACCUGAUCCCCACGGGCGUCAUACGAAGAAGUACAUCGACCUGUGGCCAAUUCAAAUGUCCGCGGAAAUCGGCGCGGACAUUGAGAGCAAACAGAAUGUGUUGACAACCAAUUUCGAUACCUACACCCUAAUUCUACAGCUGGGUUGCAUCUUGAACACCGUUCCCUCGUGGAAGAAAACCUACAAAUUGCGGGUUGCUGUGUUCGUCGAGUAUGAAACGGACGUUGAUGAUGAGAGAGGGCGAGUCGAGGCUCUUCUCGAGAAACUUCGCAUCCAAGCCGAAGUCCUCGUCUUCUGGCUUGCAUGCGGUGAUGUCGAAGCGUAUCGAAUUAUUGUUAAUGGGGAUACUUCUCCGGAGAUGGCAGCCGCUCAAGAUACCGUCCACUCCGUACUGAAAGAUGAGGACUGGUGGCAAGGACUGGUUCGAGCUCGCAACAACCCCCAAAGCUCGACAGAGCAGGGCCAAGAUGGCGAAGAUAUGCCUCGGCUGGACCGAAUCUCGACUUGGCAAGGCUCAGCCAGUCAAGAGAGUGGAAACAAGCUCUUGAAUCAACGAGUGACGGGCCUGAGAAGAUUAAUCCAGCGACGCAGGAGAUCAGUGUCUAGCUUCAGGACUCUGGGAAAUGUGAAUCUGGGAAUGCAGACCCAUCGCUUGCUGGAUGCGUUUGUCGACUAUGACGGGAACACUUUGUCUAGUGAGAGCAGCGAUGAUAGCGACUUGGAUCCCUACAUCAGCGAUCCGGAAAUUGACGAAGCUGACGACGAACGUGAAGACCACGAGGAAGAAGAAGACACGACCAGCAGUUCCAAAGGUUAUGAGCCUUCCCCUGGCCCAUCACGAGUCGGUCUCGGUGGUCGAACCAAGAGCGACGACCGUAGUUCGAGUCGCUCAGGAAUAAGCCCAUCUACUCGCCCACCAGCACGAUCAAGCACUUCAGCUGGUCUGACACCGACAAUCCGCGAGCCCACACCUUCAAUCAUCACAUCUAGUGACAAUGCUUCUCCAAAGAGCAAAUCCCCCGCUUCCCGUCCACCUCUCAGCCGCUCCGCCUCCAGCAACCGCUUCAGCUCCUCGCCCAUUCCAGAAGCAAAAGUCAACACCGACGAAGGGGUAGGCCCAUCCAUCAUGUUCGCCGCAAACGCCUCGCCUCCCCGAUUCUCCCAAAAGCUCGAAUCUAUCUACGCCCGGCGCCAAUCUGCCGUGUCGCCAACUUCUCCCAGUGUCCAAACCAACCAACCCGCAUCGGGUUAUCCGGGGUCUGCAUCCGUCCCGUUAUCAUUUAAUGAUCUACCUAGUCGGGCACAGCAUUUGAUCUUGAACGAGUUGAUGGUACAGCAAAGUAGGGAGACGGCGGUGAUUUUUACAACCUUGCCAUCUCCGGUACAUGGUACAUCGCAGAGUGAACAGGAUUGUGGGUCGUAUUUGAGUGAUUUGGAGGUCCUGUGGCAGGGAUUACCGCCGUGUCUGUUGGUGCACAGUAACAGUAUGACCGUGACGAUGAACCUGUGA